AGAAGCAGAUCAGUGAUCACAGACCGGUUUACUGCAGCCUCACCAUGCUGGACACGCUCACCUUCCUCCUGGAGAAGCUCUUCCUCCUCGCGCACAUCAAGCUCUCCAGCCUGCUGCCUCCUCUGGGCGUAGAGUGCGCAGAGCCACCGCCCACCAGCAAGCGCUGUGACCGGGAGGACUCACCGCCGCAGCCCGCCUCAGCCUCUCACCGGUUCCAGCGGGGAGACCUGCUGGAGGUUCCCCGGACUCUCUUCACCCACUUUGGCAUCUACCUGGGCGACGACCGGGUGGCGCACCUCAUCCCGGACAUCCUCCCGGCGCUGACCGCCGACAGCCGCCAGAUCGAGGAGAUGGUGACCAACACGCGGCUGCUGCUCGGGGUCAUCGCAAAGCGCGCCAGCGUGCGCGUGGACUCUGUGGAGGACUUCGCAUACGGCGCCGGGAUCCUGCUGAACGCCAUGGACCGCUCGGUGCGCAAGAGCCCGCUGGCCGGGGAGGAGGUGGCGCUGCGGGCGGAGCGGCUGGUGGGCACCGUCACAUACAGCCUGCUAUGGAACAACUGCGAGCACUUCGUCACCUACUGCCGCUACGGCACCGCGCAGAGCCUGCAGACCGACAAGUUUUGCGAGUGGCUGAAGUUGCUGAUCCGGGACCAGCGUAACGCCAUGCUGACGGCACUGCUAGGGCUCCUUUCCAUGGCUUAUAUGGGAAUAUCCGUCAGCACUGCCCUGCCAGCCUUCCUCAUCCCCUUCACCCUGUGGAUGGCGAGCUAAGAGCCGCCUGCAGCUGCACUUACUGUCAAGCCUUACCGCUGGUUCAGAGCUCACUGAGCAGCCAUAUUGGAAGACCAACAGUGUGGACGUAGUCUUCUGCAAACAUUUUAACUUUUCAAAAAACUUUUUAAAAUUGUACUUCACCAUCUGGUAGCUUUUUUCUGCUGCACAGAAAGUGAUUUGCUUUUUAUUUUUUUUCAGUUUGUUUCUUUUUUUUUUUUUUUUUUAAGGAAAAAAUGGAGAUGGGUAGUUAACAGAGUUAGCAACAGGCUCAAAAUUCACCAAAACUCAAAAACGUUGUGCCUCCAACGCAAUUUGGUUGACUAAUGAUGUCUCAAGGUGAAAGGUCGUGCUGGUAAAGGAACCAAAGAUGACUUAUUUAUUUUUCUAUUGAGACCAUACAUAUGGUUCUGAAGGGUUUAUUGACUUGAAAAAAAAAUUUAACUCUGCUUUCCAUCUUGACCGUCUUAAAAGACAUGAAACACUAAAGUCAGUCAUUUAAUUUCCCUACAUUUGAAUGUUCCUUUUAGUACUGUAACCAGGUGAAGCUCAUGUGUAAAUGUCUGUAGAUAGUCUACAUGACCUGAUUGUUUCCUAACAGUCACAAGCUUUUGUACAGAAUUAUUUUUUACCUCUUUGUAACAAUGUGCUGUGUUUUAUA